AUGUCGCAUCUUCAACAGCAGCUGAAGAGCUUCAACGCUGGUGUUAUGGACUAUGCAGCCCGAAUGCCCCAGCAGCGUCGUUUCGUGCACAACACCAACUCAGCGAGCAGUUCCCAGCUCCCCUCCUCUACGUCUACACCUACUCCAAGCGACGAUGCGAGACGCAAACGGCACGAUGCAGAUAUUGUUUACUCGCAGCCCGCCAACACCGGCACAGGAAAGGAUAUCAUGACGCAGGUUGUCUUUGCAAUCGAGCACAUGAAGUCCAAGGGAGUUCCGCUCAAGUUUGCCGAUAUCGUCUCGUACCUGUCCCUUCAACAUCGGGCCAACGACCAAGGCUAUGUUCAGGCACUCCGGAGCAUUCUGCAGAUGCACGAGAAGGUCCAGUACGAUCCCAGCGGCGCAAACGGCGAAGGCACUUUCAGCUUCCGUCCCCCGCACAACAUCCGUACCGCCGAACAGCUCCUCCAGAAACUCCAGUCCCAGUCGACCGGUGCGGGGAUGAGCGUACGUGAACUUCGGGAGGGUUGGCCAAAUGUGGAGGACACGAUCAACAAGCUCGAGAAGGAAGGCAAGCUGCUUGUAACUCGGAACAAGAAGGACGAUCAUGCCAAGAUGGUUUGGGCCAAUGAUCCAUCCUUGAUCCAGCAUUUUGAUCCUGAGUUUCGUCAGAUCUGGGAGAAGAUCAAGGUUCCUGAUCAGCAAGCUGUUAAGGAAGAGCUGGAAAAGGCGGGUAUCACACCUACCAACAAGAACAAGGUUGUCAAGGCCCGGCCAAAGAUUGAGAACAAGAAGGUGAAGAAGCCACGACGGAGUGGGAAGACUACCAAUACUCACAUGAUGGGCGUUUUGAGGGAUUAUUCGCACCUCAAACGGUAG